UUCCUGGACAAUCGUAGGGGUUGCUGCCCUCAUCUUGUUCCUGGUAGCCCUGCUGGCUCGGGUCCUCGUCAAAAGAAAGCCACCCCGGGACCCACUGUUCUAUGUGUAUGCAGUUUUCGGAUUUACCAGCGUGGUGAACCUCAUCAUAGGACUGGAACAGGACGGCAUCAUUGACGGGUUCAUGACACACUACUUGAGAGAGGGUGAACCGUAUCUGAACACUGCGUACGGGCACAUGAUCUGCUACUGGGACGGCUCUGCUCAUUAUCUGAUGUAUCUGGUGAUGGUGGCGGCCAUUGCGUGGGAGGAAAGUUAUAGAACCAUUGGCCUGUAUUGGGUUGGAUCUAUUAUCAUGAGCAUUGUUGUUUUUGUGCCAGGAAACAUUGUGGGGAAGUAUGGAACCCGCAUUUGCCCUGCUUUUUUCUUAAGCAUACCAUAUACUUGUCUUCCGGUCUGGGCUGGUUUCAGAAUCUAUAAUCAGCCAUCAGAAAAUUAUAAUUAUCCCUCAAAGGUCAUUCAAGAAGUCCAAGCCAAGGACCUGCUGCGAAGACCGUUUGAUUUAAUGUUGGUUGUGUGUCUCCUCCUGGCAACUGGAUUUUGUCUGUUUAGAGGCUUGAUUGCUUUGGAUUGCCCGGCGGAGCUCUGCCGACUGUAUACGCAAUUUCAAGAGCCCUACCUAAAGGAUCCCGCCGCUUAUCCUAAAAUCCAGAUGCUGGCGUAUCUGUUCUAUUCUGUCCCUUACUUUGUGAUUGCGCUUUACGGCUUAGUGGUUCCUGGAUGCUCCUGGAUGCCUGACAUAACACUGAUGCAUGCCGGAGGUCUAGCACAGCCAAUACUUGCUUAUGAAAUGAAUUCUCAUCUUGGGAGGGCACCUGGCUCAUUCAUCACAGAAAACACCCUCUACAACCUGACUCACAUCCCUCACCUGAUCAAACUGCCAUUCCUCAUUUAGAAGCUUUAUGCACGACCCCACUAACUUUAUCCAAGUUUGCAUUGCUUGAAAGGCCUAGUGGACUCCUAAGACUAUGUGAUUUAAUAAGAAAAAAAAUCUUUGAAAAAUUUCUAUAUCAAUACAAGUCAGUGGAAAAACAUGUUAAAUCCUUACUGGGUCCCUGAUUUCAGAACAUGUAGGAUAAAUCUGCUGUCUUCAGAAAUCAAAAACAUCAAUCAAAAAGUAAAAUAUAAAAUCAAAUAAAACGAGGACACAUUUUACACCCAAGAGCCAGUGGGGACUUAUUCAUAACUCAAGUGUCUUUUCACAUAAAAUUCUUAUCGGAUUAAAGUUGCAAGUCUAGUUUGACAAGUAUUCCAAGCUGCUUAGAUCCACUUAUUAUUAGUACUUUCUAGCAACUGAAGAAUUUUUCUCUGCUAAAAUAUCACUGAAAAUUAGAAGAAAAUCUAGUCAAUAUGGUGAAAAGCAUGAGCUCUGGAGGGACUGGUUCAUAUCUCAGCCUGUCACUGAUGAGCUCGUGACCUUGGCCACCUUGGAUUCCUCUUCUGUGAAAGUUAGGAUAAUAGAGGAGCUUUCUCAUAAAGCUGCUGGGAGAGGAUUAAAUGAGGGAAUACAUAGAAAAGGCUUAGAACAGUGCCUGGCACACAACACACUGUGGAUCUCUGUUGCUGUUCUUGUUACUGGUUUAAAAUUCCCAAGAGGAGUCUAGACAGGAAAUGCCUUGUGUUGCUCAGAAGGAUUCAUUCACCUGCAGCCAGGUAUAACAGAUGUUAUUACCUAAAGAUCAGAGAGACUGGGAGAGAGCUUUGGGACAGACUCACAGUGGGUUUGGCAGGGAGCCUGCCGCCCAUCCAGUAACACCCACAGCCCUGGAAGCAGGAACAGUCCCCCUUGGGUCAAAUAACGCCCCUUCCCACUCGCUGCUUGGACUCGCCUACUCCCUGGCUACGGUGGGUGCUCUGUACUUUCUCACAGAAGGGUCUGGAAGCUUAUCUGUGGGUAAUUUGGUUGUAGAGUUGACUCUACUGGAGGCGAAUUUUAUGUUUUUUCCUUAUGAAAGCUUUAGGAAGUACCUGAGAGAUUUUGGAAGACCAUGGAUAAUUGGGAUACUAAUGUAAAUCCUAUUUUAAUAGUUUGCUUCAAGUGUAAUUCAUCAGUAAACAUCUUUAUUUAGUAUUAAGAUUAGACUUUGGGUUUAACAUCUUCACAUGAUUAUCCUUUGGUGGAGACAGACCAUCUUCAAAUUGUCAAAAGGUCAAGAAGGGAUCUAAAAACAAAGAGCCCACCUGUGUUCUGAACAAAAGUAGAAUGCCAGAUGACAGCAGGUGAUUCUUUUGGCUCUGUCCUAAGCACUCCACAAAGAUCAACUCAUUGAACUGGCACAGCAAUCCCUAUGAGGUAGGCUCCAUUAUUAUCCUACUUUUAUAGAUGAGGAAGCCAAAAAGGUUACAUACCUAACCCAAGGUCAUACUGCCGGUGGAGCUGGGAUCUGACACUGGCCGUCUGGUUCCAGAUGCAGUGUUCUUAACGCCUGGACUGUGCUGCUCAGAGAACCCUAAAAAAUGACACAGUUCUGGAUUAACUACUUGUAUUGUAUUGGCCAAAGAGCCUGGCUGUUGUCCCAAUGUUCACAUUAGUUUUGGCCUAUGACACUUAUGUGGACACAUGAUACUCUUUCAGCUUUUCUUUCUGGAACCAAGAUCGUGAUUUUUAGUCAUUCUUUCCAUGUUGCCUCUCAAUAUAAGAAAAGGGAGCUAUUAAAAUUUAGCUAUUCUUUGUGUUUUUUUUUUGCCUCAUUUUCCAUUCUAAUCAUCGAUUUAAGAAAAAAUCAAAGCGUAUCUUUUAAAUUUACUUGAGGUGAAAGGUGAAAGCUGAUUUAGAAUGGCAAGAAAAAGAAUUAGGGGCCUCCAACGUCACAUCACUGAAACUGGCAGAGAUUCCUGGGCUCAAGUUGUACCUAUGAUCCUGGGUGACGGUCCAGCAGCACUGAGCCCAGAGCCAUCAGAUGUCAGCGUGGGUGCCAGGCUGAGGUCUCGGCCCUGCCCUCGGCGGGCCUCGUGUGCUGGGGGGAGCAUCAUGCAGGACACACUGUGCAUGCCCUUAGCAGCUAUGUGCUUGGGGAGGGAACUGUUCUCAAGGGAGACAGAGGGUUUCCUGAAACUUGAGAACUCUGGAAAUGGGACACAGCAGACAUAGGGAGGAGGUGCUUACCUAGCGGGAGGUGUGACCAUGGUAAACACACCUGUCAGAGCUGCAGGCAGUGCCAGAAACAGCAGAACACUGGCCUCAGGCUUCUCUCACCCGCAGACACCUCUUUGCGCUAGAAACAUAAAUCUGUACCCCUCGGUAAAUAUUUCUGGAGAAGGAAGGCCUACCGAAAUAGGUAUAAAAAUGAGAAAUGCUUUGUAGAACCUUUUUGUAUUUUGACAGUCACAAGACCAUUGUUGUUUAAUGUUUAUUGAGCUCUAACAAUGUGAGAGGCACCACACAAAACAUGAGACACAGUACCUGCCCGGUGGGCUUACAAUCUAAUCUAAGGACAUGAUCAUUUUGUAAUGUUGCCAUGAUUUUGCUGUUUUUGAAAAUGAGGUAUUAACUGCACUGAGGAGUGCAGGAAAAGAGCCUACGGAAUCACUGACUUUUUAUGCAGGUCUCCCUAUGUAAGUAGGCAUGAUUGCCCGUAUUACUUAAUCUCUCAAAGUAUGGUUGCCUUUUCCCCAAACCUGGUGAUUUUUGUCAUGUGUACAAGUGUGUAUAAAGACAGAGACAUCAAACCCACAUUUUUGAAGAUCAAGGUUCAUAUCGGGCCUCUAGUCAGAAAACACUGUUAUUGAAAAGGGGCCCUAGGGAAAAACAGCAACAGGGGCGAAGCUCCUGGUCAGUGUUCCUAGAAUGGUCCAAGAGCGGCUCCUUGGGGCAGCCUCUCCAAUGCCCGUUACUCGCAAGGUCUUUUGUCUUCAGAGCCCGGAGAGGGAAUGUUACCAUCUGUUAGGUGCUGUCUGGGCAUGUGCCUGGGGGACAUGUGUUUGAGGGCAGAGCCCUCACGGAGCCUCAUGGAUCCCAACCACAGAGGUGGACACAGGUUCCGUGUUGGUCCUUGGAAACACACCACACUAAUUUCUCAUCUCCGGAGAGUAGCGGAACUGUAUGUGAGGUCCCUAGAAUAUAUCAGUAAUUUGUAAAAAUGUAGCCUGUUAAAGUACCUGUCACGGAUACAAAUCCGUACACGUGCCACCGAUGAAAGCUUGUCCUUUUCUUCUCAUGGUAAAGUCAAGUGCUAAGGGACACUUUUAUCUGUUAACCAUUUAACAGAAUAAACUAAUUUCAUACGGAAGGAAGUGUAAGGUAAAUUUACGUGUUUAAAGCAAAUUACUUAGCUUUCAUUCUUAUUAUUCUGUGACUUCUUUAGGUUAUAAAGCUUCUCUCUUCACUUUGAUCCUGAUGAACUAAUAAUUCAUCACUUGUUAUAUUUAGAUUUCCAAUCCUUUAUUCACAUAUAGCUUAGAUUUCAGUAAGAUAUGAAAACGCAGACUCCAGGGUUGCAUUUUGUAACAAUACGAGAAUCCUGAGGAAAUCCUCACACAGAAGCCUUUUCUAAUACAGUUUUCCCCUGUGCUUAUGAAAAGUAUCAAAAAAGAUACAUUCUGAAUGUACGUUAUGAACAAGUAUAUAAGUACAAAUGGCAAGCUCUAGCCUCAGAUUAUGCUGACAAGCUGUACUUCUAAAUAAAUCAGAGUUUGAUUUGAAAAGGUUGCCUGCAUGUACAUUUACCAUUUUAUAAAGAGCAACCACAGUCCUACCCCUACCCAAGUUGGCAACAACCUUACUUACAAAACAACCCUUAAAGUAUUUUUAAAAUUGCUUAAAAAACAAAUACCUGCAGAAAUAAACAAAAAAAUAUAUAAUGAAGGACUUUGAGCUCUUGUUGCAAGGAACAGGUAAAAGACUGAUUAAUGAAGCUGAGGUCCUCAGUGCUUUUCUUUAAAUAGCAAUAUUAAAAAUAUUUUCACUUUCUAAACUCUGUACUUUCUUCAUUUUUAUUGGAACACAUUUAGUAAGCCACAAGUGAGCGCCUGUAUAGAUCUCCAGAAUGCAAAUCAGAAAAAAAAAACAACAACAACAACAACAAACCAAAACCAAACCACCACCACCUGAGAUUUUAUUCAAUUUUUCUUUAAAUUGAGCCACUGGCGUUUGGUAAGGGGCACUGGAACGGUGAAUCAACAGCCGGCAUGAUAAAGCCAUGCUAAGGAAGGUAUACUUUAUUUGAACAGUUAAGACUGGCCCUAAAUUCUGUGAAAUUAGACUAUGGGUUGUUUGAGAGGACUGGUUUUGAGGGCGCAAGAAACAUGGUCUGAAUGAAUCAUCCAGAACACGUUGUGAAUCCAACUGAACACAGAAUUCAUGCUUACCUCCCCCCCCCUUUUUUCAAAUGCAACAGGCUCAGUUUUCUCACAUCGGUGCUUCUCUUCAUGCUAGAACUGCUUAUGUCUACAGAGUCCCCGAA